GCGGCCCACGGCUUCAGUAACCGAUCCGUAAUCGUGCAGUCAUGUUGUUGCUAUCGCAACGGCAUUGGCAUUAGUUGACCUUGGCUUUUUGUUGUCUAGUUGGGUGUGUAUACCUGCUUUCAAAUUUUAACCGUUUUGUUGAGUUUAACUGAAACGAAUAUUAGACAAAACUGUACGAUUUUCUGAGAAAGAAUGAUAGAUGAUGAAAAAUUAAUCGAGUUGGUACGCCAAUAUCCCGAACUCUACGAUAUCAAUCAUAAAAAAUAUCUAGACACCGCAUUCAAGAUAAAAAUAUGGACAAGUAUUGGAGUAGAUAUGAAAUCUGAUGGACCGUCAGUCAAAACCAGAUGGAAUAAUAUGCGCGAUACUUACAGAAAAUCAUUAAGAAAACUCUCGAAUUCUAAUGUUUCCAUUAAAAAAUCCAAACAAUAUAAAUAUUCCGAUAAACUCAGCUUCAUGAAAGACUAUUUCGAAGAGAAAAAAAAUAGAUCAAGUAUUGGACAACUAGACGAAGCAGAUUACAACUUUGACGAUUUGCCAGAGAUCACUGAUGAUUGUAACGAUGAUGAAUUCGAAUUAAACUUGAUGGAUUAUCAACCAAACGAUGAUUCUCAAUCACAGAAAUCGGAAAAAUCAUCUAGUAAGAGAAAACGCAACAACACAACUACCGAAAUGGUUAUGAAGUAUAUUUUGAACAAAGAGGCGAGUCAAACUACAACUUCCAUACAUCCUGUCGAUGCUUUUUUGUCCGGCAUAGCUCCUACUUUAAAAACUUUAAAUCCGUAUUUGUUGAAUUUGGCAAAAACAGAAAUUUUUGCCACUGUUCAAAAAUACGAACUAAAGAUGCUACAAUACCAGCAGCACGAAUUUGAUCCGAUAGCACUUGAUGGUGCAACUGGUGCUUCCUUAGAAUCAGAAGAAGCGAAUUUCAUGAAAACAGAGAAAUAA